UGUUACAGUGUAGACAGAGGGUGAAAGGCUGUCUUUGCCCAUGUCCCUCCCAGCUAAGAGAAGGUCAUCUGCUGGUUCUCGCAGACUUUCAUUGAAGGAGGAAUCCGUGCCAUAUCUGGGGACCAGAAUAUCAUAGAGACUGGAAGGUGGGCUCUUAUGACUUGGGCCAGUACACAACCACUUAGAACCUAGGGGUUCCUGUAGCUGAAAUGGCAGAGCCUGGGUUCGAUUCACAGGGAACACACCUUGAAAGAAUUGUAAGUCUUGCAAAAUGCAUGAAUGUAAAUAGAGAACCCUCUUGAAACUGCUUAGCAAUUCCCUAGACACCAUCCAGAACACCCUUGCAACCGCUUAGCAAUGCCCUAGUAACCACCUAAAAAAACCCUAACAUUGUGGUGGUGAGUUUGGCAUGGGAAAGUACCACUCACAUUUUCUUCAGAAAAUUUUUAAAGAUGUUGUUAUGACAUUGUAUUAGAUUCAUUGUCAUAAGUUUGAACUGUUGUAAGAGGCACCCAGUUUUACAGCAUAACAAGUUGAGUUUGCAAGGUUUCACUGUGACAGCAUGUUUGAUAUGACCCUCAGAGCUCAGCUGUCACUGUGUGUGUCAUAGAAAGCCUACGGCCCCAAGCAGCACUCAACACUCCCAUGGAGGCUUGUCUGUCCGUAGCAGGUACUCAACAACAUCCUGCAUGUGCACAGAGAGCAAUACUGUUUCACGCUCCAACCCAGCCACUCCACAACGACAGGUGAAGUAUGAAGCCUGUGGUGAAAAUCACGGGAUCCGUCCACCUACCCCUGAGCAGUAUCUCACCCCACUGCAGCAGAAGGAAGUCUGUAUUCGUCAUUUACGAGCUCGGCUGAAAGAGAAUGUGGAGAGGCUUCAGGACCAAGACUCUGAGAUCGAGGAUUUACGGAUGCGGCUGACUCAGAUGCAGGAGGACUGGGUCGAGGAGGAAUGUCAUCGCAUUGAGGCCCAGCUGGCCUUAAAAGAGGCACGGAAAGAGAUCCAGCAGCUUCAGCAGGCUGUGGAAACCGUACAGUCAAAUCUAGGGGUCAAUGAGUCAGAUCAACAGGAGUGCAAGUCUGAAGCUCUGGGUGUAUGUAGGGUACGGCCACGAUUUGGGGCAUCUAGGUCUUGUGGCUGCUCUCCGGCCCAUACCAUGAGUCGCAGUGCCACCUUUACCAGAUUGAGUAGUGAGACAUCACCUGGCACCACCGACCGUAACGGAAACGUACCUUCUGACCGAUACAUUCCCGCCAACAGAGGGGCGAUGACGUUACCAAGAGGUGAUGGGCGCACUCAUCUCCUUUUAGAAGCAGCUCGACUGUCUGAGCAAGUCCCACACUCAACGCUAUGCUCUGCUUUGUCAAGCUCCUCUACUUGCGAGAGGUUGUGUAUCGGAGAGACAGUGUUGCCCGUUAGUCCAUCUUGCCAUGCUGUGAACAACUGCAGCUGUGGUCCACACGCCUACCUCCCUCACCACCAUCUAUUUUUGCAUCUCCCACAGGAGGAAGCACCUCCUCAACCGACCCCACCAACAGCGCCAACUAGUGCAUCGGAGGUCGAUAAGCCAGGCUUCCGAUCACAGGCAUGCAGCCCCACCAUAACCUGGAUCUCUGAAGGAGGUGGAGGCGAGGAUCUGAGCGUCAUCACUUCAGCAACCUGCACACAGGGCGUUACCCUAGCUAAGCCACAGAUGUUUUCACAAUCUUCCACCGCUACUUCCCCGGCUCAGAUGUCUUACAUCACUGAACCUUUGCCGCUAGACAACACCGUUGAAUUUACAUCAUCAACAACGACACCUACGGUGUUGACCAAGUCUCAGGUUCAGCAACCUUGUCCCAGGGUGUCUCUACCUUUAGAGUUGCCGCCACAGGAGGCGAUUAUAGUAAAGGUCAGUGAUGAAGAUGGAAUGGGUGGCGUUUGUGCCACAAAUGAGGCAGAAUCAGCUUCCCCUGAGAGGAGUCACUGGAGCCGUUACUUCCUGAUUGACCUGCUAGCGGUGGCUGUACCUUUUGUUCCUACACUGGCAUGGUUUUGCCGAGGAGCACGGAAUGAAGAUAUGCCCAUGUACAACAUGGGCUCCCUGCUGCGUGGCUGCUGUGCCGUUGCGCUGCACUCUCUAAGAAGAGUCGGCAGGGGCUGUAGUCCUUCAGGAACAGGCAGAGCGACCCCUAUCUAAACAAUUUUGCAUUACGGUACCAUCAAAAACUUUUAAUUUUGUCCUUAAUCUUCCCAGCUAGGUAACAGUUUUGAACCAAAUAGGCCUAAGUCCAUCACACUUAGGUUGUCCUUUAAGGCCCCUCUUGUCUGCUUUAUUUCCUCCCAUUCCAGGCUGAAACUGAGCAGCCAGUACAUACACAAAAAUAGCUGCAAACAGCAAUAAGCAGAAUCCAAGUUGACCAGAGAAUCAGCACAAAAAAAUUAAACUAAACUAUAUUUCAGUACAGUUAUAUGAGAGACUUAAAUCUAACACAGCUAUGUAGAAAAUCGGUUGCUUGUGACAACUGUCAGUUAAUGUAUACAAAUAAGUGGUCAUAAUAUAUAUAUAUGUGACUGCAGAAUGCUAUGAUUGACCAAUCACAAUUAUUUAUUCCAGAUAGCUAUAUAAAAAGGGUAUAUAAUUGUCUGUUUCAGGAAAUUACAACUAAAAACUACACUCUCUGCAUGUAACUCGGUGUUACAUAGACAUCAUGGGUGCAGAAAGCAGAUUUGUUCUUUACAUUCUACUUAUGCAACCUCCAUGUAUAUCCAUCCCAUUUAAUUACAAAAUUUGGUACAUUUUCACCAUAUAUAGUUAUAGCUGCUUAAGAGAGGACUAAUAACGCUUAAUAAUUCAUACAUUUGUAAAGCUAAGCCUCCGUUUAUUUGAGGUAGCGCUGAAGUAUCUAAAAAAAAUGGGUAAUCAUGGCUUUGCUGUAGAUUAUUGUAGGGGCUGGUUAGAAUGCAUGUUAACACAAUAAUUCCUAGUAGUUACCAACAUUAAAGGUAUAGCUUAUAUUUAUUUUUGGAAAAACCUUCAUAUAAGUGCAUCACCACAAAAUAUGACCAUGAAUUUAGAACCUGUCAACAUUUGACUCUGAUUGUCCAUUUUGAUUGUUUGAUUCAGUUUCCCAUUGAAAAUAAAGUGUUUCACUGAGACUACAAACUUUGGUUGCGCUGAUUUUAUUAUCUUUAUUUAGAGUGUCCUAUCCAGGUAUAACACAAUUAUCCAGUGUGGGACUUUGAUCAAUUAGAUUUUACUGUAGGCAUUCGUCAUGAUCAUGGCUGGUUUAGACAAUCUCGGAAUAGGUAGC